AUGGCAGAGAACAAAAAACUACAGGCGGCCAUGAAAUUUGAUGGUAAUGAUAACGCUAAGGGAAGUAUUCCGAGCGGGCAUAAUGAUAUAUUAGUGAAAAAUCACACGAGUAUCUUGGAAGUUAAAGUCAACGAUAUCAUGGAUCAUCUAUAUGGUAAAAAAGUUAUAGAUGAGAAUGAUAUGGACGUGAUAAAAACCAAAUUAAAAGCAGAGGGAAAUAAGGAAGCUCUGGGAUACAUAUUGGAAAUCCUCAAAAACCGCGGUAGCAGAGCAUUGCCAAUAUUUAUACAAUGUUUAUCUGAAGCUAAAUAUAUUGAACUUGCAAAACGCUUGCAACUCAGCAUGGAAGAUCCAAAGGAUAGCUUGAAACUUGACAUGAAAGUUAAACAACCACAGUAA